CAAUGUAUUAGGGCCUGGUCACCUCAUAAACGGUGCUUUCCUAUGGUCCCCUUUCUAUGUAGAUAUAUAAGUAAAGUCCUGUGACCCAUUUUUUCCGUUGCUUUGGAUCUCCUGGUGUUGGCUUCUUGCCUUUGUAGUGUGGUUGCUAUCGAAGCGUACUCUCCAUAGAUUAAUGUCCACACGGCCGAAGAGAUCGAGAACAGGAUGUCUGUGUUGCAGACGUCGUCAUAAGAAGUGUGAUGAGCAGAAGCCGGCGUGCAAGUUUUGUCUGUCAAAGGGUAUAACGUGUGAGUGGCCCAAGAUGGGAGCCGUCUUUGUCAGUUGCAACAAGUCAAGGGGCUCAAUUACACCAGAGAAGGCUCUCCAUGACGUGGAGGUUUCCCCACCAGUCCAAGUCCAAGGCGAGCACCAGUUUCAGGCCCAGUUUCAAUUCAAUUUUGGUACUUUGGAAGUAGCCAAUGGUGAUGAGCGGAGUCCACCUGCGAAAAGAAUCCAUAUCUCCAGAAGCGAGUCCGAUGCAACUUCUCCUAGAAGCACCAUCGCGUUGCCCUCCAUCACCAGUAUUGAGAGGCCUUUGGUUCUGCCCACGAACUAUAACUUCCAGGCAAUCUCACUGCCGCCUCUAAAGCAGUACCAUUUUGUCCCAAGAACAGAGGAUGCUAAUCGUCUCAUAGACAUAGACUUGGAACAGAAGAAGAGGCUAUCUGUCGGUUCACUCCUCAACUAG